CCUCCUCCUCAAUCUGGAUAACACUUACUGCAAUUCUCCGGCUUCAACUGGCAAUGUGCGGCUCAUGGUCUCCGAGGCGUCACAGCCAGUGUGUUGCUCCGGGGGAGAGAAUGGGUGCAUAUGGCGGCACGCAAGGUGUACCUGCUCCCGAUCCUCUGGCUUCUCCUUCUCGGCUGGGAAGUGUCUUGUCGCGAUUUUCUCGCAAUCCGGCUCCUUCUGCACCUCGACGUCCGGCAUCUCCCCCUGCACUCAUUUCCGGUGCUCCAGCAACUCCUCUGCGUCUACAUUCCAGUCCAUACGUUCCACGUGGCGGUCGUCCGGCCGCAGCUGGGCCAGCCCCUAGGCCCAUGUCUUCCCGGAUGGCAAAUUCGGUUAACUCUGGCACGAAAAUAACCUCGGCCCAGCAUAUGGAGUGGAUUCUGACCGGAGGAAUCCUUGGCCGUGACACAUCCUGGACUCAGGCACCGUUGACGCAUUCCCCCGGAGUGGAGCAAGUUUUCCGUCCCCGUCCUGGCGAUCUCCGAGCAACUCCGGUUGCUAUGCGAAAACCGUUUGAGCAACCGGUCAUGUCGAGCAAGAAACGGUGGUUCCCGCCCAUCCCGGACGACGAUCUCAAGAUCAACGGGAACAUACCCAACCCAAAUCCGGGUGAAUUCUUCAUUGACGUUCCAGAGAUAGAGAAGGAGGGUAUAUACGCCUUACCUUACGUCCGGUUCAAGGAGCUGCAGAGCGAUCUGGAUGUCACCAUCCAGCGCCCCACGACAUACGGGAUGGUGGUCGGGUUUCCUUCGUUGUACCGAAGGGGUGGGCACCAGUAUGUUCCUGAUGACUGGAACUUCCCUACUUUCCCGGUUCAGCAGCGUCCCAUCGAGGCUCCCGACAACGAAACCGACCAUUGGGCCCAGUAUGACAUGCUGGACACCUCGACUCCGGUGAUGACGGGUUGCUGGCGAGACGGGAUGGAUGGCACUGGAAUGAAUGUCCACCAGUGGAAAUCGAUCUGGAAGCCGGAGAGCCGGAAGUACUCUUUUAUGAGGGAAUAUGCCCGGCAGAUGUUGGACUUUGUGACUUACUUGGACCGAGUCUUGAAUGCCAGAAUGACCAUGACGUUCCUCAUGCCCUGUCACGUUGGACCAACCAAACAACCUCCGGUCAUGUCAAUCAUCUCGCGUAUCGCCUGGGCAGAUGGGCCGCUAAUGGAGACCUUUCGCCGGAUUGAAGACAUUGUGAACACCCGGAUGGCCACUCGCAUACAUGAUCUCCUGACGAACCACACCCAAACCUUUCAAUGUCGAGACCCGGAAUAUGGCAUUACGGAGGAGCAAGCGACUUUCAUUGCAGAACCUCUCGACCUCGCUGAUCCGGUUACGUUGGAUGGGCCUCCCCGGUACUGGCUGUAUUCUGCCAUUCCGACGACAAAUCUCCCUGCCGUGCCAGAAAGGCUCACGGCGAUGGUCCGGCACUACUUCAGGACUUACGACCCGGCCCACCUGGACUGUGUGGAAGAAGCCAGUUUUGAGAUAAACCAGAUUUGGUGUUUCUGCCGUCCCUCUCACUGGCGGGGUUUUAUUGACGACAUUCUGUCCGGACGGGAGCCCACCAUUGAUCACUCUGGAGGUCACAUUCGACCAACAACCAACCGGACUGGUCUGACCAAUCUCAUGGCGAUCCUGUGUCUCAUGCAGGUCGAAGAAUGGGAAAGAACCGGACGUGUGACAGAGCCAUGGAUUCCAGAACAAUAUGAAGACAAUAGACCGGAGACUCGCCCUACAAACACCUGGCCUCCUCCUGCAUCCCAGUUCCAUCCUCAGUCCGGCGGGCACGAGCGUCGUGUCUCUCACGCCAGCAGCAGCCACGGUUCUGCCGGACAUGGUCAAGCUGCCGGACCCUCUCGCCCCACUGCCCAUGCUCCCCAGGCCCAAGCUCCGUCCUCCUAUCGUCCGGUCUCGCCAAAUGACAUGGUCCAGACCCCAGCCCGUCCCACCCGUCAACUGGGCACACAUGGUUGGCAGCGCUCCGGAGAAGGUGUCCCUUUCAGCCCCCCCCAUACUCCCCGGCGAAUCGAAGCCCGUCCUGGGAUUGACAACUCCGCCGGUGUCUCCUCAUGCAGCAUGCCAGACCAGCCUUCGACAUCCAUCUGGCCUGAUCGAGAACGCCGCAGGCAAGAAAACCGUAUCCGGCACAAACAUGUGAAGCGACGAGCUCGAGACCUGUCCGAUAUGCUGGACGCAAGCAUCUGGAAAGCUGCCCAGGAAGUGGGGAUUUUGUCUGCUGCCAUGUGUUCAGAGAUCUUGGGGCAUCAAAAUAUAGUGAGAUUCCGGAAACAAAGAGCGGUUAACCUCAAGAAUGUUGCCGUGCAUCUCAUGAGACAGGAGUUCUGGGAAAGAGGGCAACAUUUUGAUAUCCAGAAGGAUGCUGAUGCCUGGAAGUCUCGUCUGGAUGUUCUUCGAGCUGACCCCGGUGAGGAAGCAGUGGGGUGCCAACUACUGGAACAACACCGGAGUGUGCACACCAAUCAAGUCCGGAUUACCCGCAAGGCAAGGGAGGUGGACACGACACACACCACUCUUGCCAUCCAGAAUGAGGUCGAGGCUUUUUAUACAAGGACUGGAGGGCACAUUGUCGGUUUUGCAAUCCGAGGGGAUCGAAACGAUCAUGCUCUCCCCCAAUUCUUCGGCAAUACGGUGGGAGAGUCCUUCUUCCGGCAGGUCUUUUGGAAGCCGGUUCAGGAGGUGGCAGAGGACUUCGAUGUAUAUGCUAAUCUGGGGGUCCAAGGAACAAUCAUGGGAAAUAACACCGUGACAAUGCAGUAUGCCAGAUUCCGGUCCACGGUGGAAGAUGCAUUCCACGUAACUCUGGAGGGUUGGCCACUCCGGUCAUUCGUCAACCCCUCCUUGCUCGGGGUGGCAGACCUGAGGGUCCUUAAGGCUGCAUUGGCAGAGGGGAGAUGCCAUUUCCGGCGUCUCACCCUGGAGGAACUGGCCACCCGAUGCAUCAUGACGGGCUUUGCGUUUAGCCCGCUGUUCAGCGGCAUAUUGACGUUCAUACUCCAGCCGAGCGAGGCGGUGGUGAUGGAAGGGUUCAGGAAGGAGGUGGCCUGGUGA